ACUUACACAAUCUCCCUUUCAACUGCGGAUUCUCACUAUAAAUAAGAGACUCGAGUAAAACAUCAAAACAUCAAACCCAAAAGAGCUUGAAGGAUUAGCAUACAUUGUAACGAAGAAGAAGAAGAAGAAUGGAAGGCAGAGUUUCCAAGAGCAUUGUCAUGGCGGCGACCUUGGUUGUAGUGGUGAUCAUGGCGCUGCUCGUUGCUCAAGGAGACGCCGAUCAAGAGAAAUUCGAUAAAUGUUACAAGGCGUGCAUGGCGACUUGUCACAUGAUCGGCAUCGACAUGUGCAUGACGUUCUGCGCUAGAAAAUGUAUAGAAGGGAAGAAGUUCUCGGGUCCGAGCACUUCGGAGAAGCAAGUGCAAAAUAUCACCACCAAUCCUGUGGAAGGACCUCAUCAAUAAUAGAGAAUGCAUGUAAAUUUUUGCUUGUAUGUCUAUCUUUUGUGUGUUGUUGAUUUUGGAGUUGUUUAAUUUGUUCAAUAUUUCAUGCGCCAACCAGCUGAAAGAUCUCGCGACCAUUUCGGUUUAAUGUGAUAUCACUAGGGGGACAUUUGGAUGACUUCGAGAUCCAAGAACACACAUUAGAUCUUAAUUGUGCAAAAAUUUGAGUAUUUUUCUGUUACCUUUUUUUCCCUACACAUUUCGAUAACCGUUUGUUAACCAAAUUUGACUAUGAUGACCACAUUAAGCACUUUGCUAAUCAAAUCAUUAACCCAUACAUAACCAAAAUUUCCUCAUAACACCAUUAUCCAUGACCACUUAUCCAAUUGGGCCCUCAUUAAAUGUAGUAAUUAUCU